AUGCUAGCUCCUAUAUCACCCACACCGUUCCAAACGGACAUGGCCGAAGUCAAAGAUGGCUCUCUCGUCGAUUGUUCAACGCUUUCGCACGUCGACGUUCUCGACGCGGGCGCCGACGGUGCGCCCGCUUCGUCAGCGCAGCCAAACCCGUUUGCGAAUCGAGGCGGUCGCUUCUGGCUCGUUUUCCUUGCCCUUUGUGUGUCGUGUUUCUUGGCAGCACUCGAUUUGACGGCCGUGUCGACCGCACUUCCUGCUAGUGAGUAAGAAAGAGGCAUGGAUUUGGGCCGACGGUGCAACUCGUCCGUGUUCAGAUACUUAGGGAGUCGAGCUGACGGCAAGCUUUGUCUCACCUACGUCUCCACCAAAGUGGCCGCUGAUUUUCAAUCCGCGAAAUUCUCCUGGGUCGGGUCGGCAUAUACUCUGACUUCGACGGCUUUGAUUCCGUGGACGGCGAACCUCGCGUCCAUCUUUGGGCAGAGAGCGACCCUGUUUGGGUCGUUGCUCCUGUUCGCCACGGGUUCCGCAGUGGUCGGAUCGGCCAGGUCGAUGGAGGUGGUGAUUCUGGGUCGCUCGAUCCAAGGUGCUGGAGGUGGAGGUAUCUUGACGAUGGUAUGUAAUCUGAUUGAUAACUUCAUUCAAAUGAUGGUAGAGCUGAUCGAGAGAGUUUGUCGUCUCCCAGAGUGAGAUCCUUGUCGUCGACCUAGUGCCCCUCGCCGACCGAGGCGCUUUUUUCGCCAUCAUUGGCGCAGGUCAGUGCCUUGGCGCUCGUACUCACCCUACUCAAUUCCAAACUAAAUCUGUGCAUCCUAUCAAACAGUCUGGGCCCUUGCAAGUGCGAUUGGUCCUCCCAUCGGUGGCGCACUUGCUUCGGCCGGAGCGUGGCGAUGGUGAGUAACCCUAUCGGUGGAAGGACCUUCAGACCCAUUCAGAGCCCAGGGCUGACAGGACCGUCUCCCUCUUCCUCCCGUUUGCUCAAUAGGCUGUUCUACCUCAACAUCCCCCUGACGGGUAUCGCCUCCCUGUUGGUCAUGCUCUUCCUCCGCGUCAAAGCCCCGCAGACAACGUUCAAGAGCAAGAUCGCCCUCAUCGACUACUACAACAUUGUCUUUGUCGCGGGAGCGACAGCAACGAUCCUUGGUCUCAACUGGGGUGGUGAGACCUACCCAUGGGUUUCCUACAAGGUCCUCGUCCCUUUGAUCGGAGGUAUCCUCGCCAUGGGCCUCUUCCUGUGGCUCGAAAAGGGGUUGGAACACCCGACGAUUCCCUUCGAUAUUCUUCGUCAUCGAUCGAGCUUGCUCGGCCUCUUGACCAAUUUCUUGCAUGGUAUCGUAGCCCUCGCGGCUAUUUACUACCUCACCGUUUACUUCCAAGCCGUGAAGAUGGCGACCGCUGCCGAUGCUGGAGUGCACACUUUCUCUCUGAGCUUGUAGGUGCCUGUGCGCUACUAAUGAGCUGCGGCCGUCUCCGAAGGGAUUUUACCUGUGCUGACCCGACCAUUCUCCCUUUGCAGCACAAUCGCGCCCAUGGCUAUCAUCGCGGGUAUUUCUGUCGUUGUUUUGGGCAAAUAUCGCCUGCAGAACAUCGUCGGCUGGGCGCUUACGGUCACUGGCUUCGCCUUGACGACCUUGCUCCGCGUGCAUUCGUCAAAAGCCGCAUGGACGGGAUAGUGAGUCGAGAACCGGAACCCGCAAUAAGACCGUUCUGGCUACAGCAUGCUGACAGUUUGUUUUUUUUAUCUUUGUGAAAACAGCCCGAUCGUCAUGGGCGUCGGCUUGGGUAUCCUCUACGGGUGCCUCGACUUUCCCGUCUUGGCACCUUUGAAGCCUUCCCAGCAACCUCACGCCGUACGCUUGGUCACGAUCACCUCGGAACGCUUAUCCGCUGGAGCCUGUCGCUAAUCACCGCGGCAAUAUCUUCUCAGAUGGCCUUCUUUGGCUUCACGCACUCGUUCGGGCAGGUGCUUGGCAUCUCGCUCGGUGCGUCGAUCUUGCAGAACGAGCUCAGUCGUCAUCUCCCGCCCGAGGUGGUGUCGUCGCACUUUGCCAAUGCCAAGUACGCCUACUCGGCCAUUCCUGACAUUCAUCUCCUGUCAGUACUAUUUUGGGGAUUGUUUCAUCGUCGAAUAAUUCACCGACUUGGAGUGCUCACGCUGUUUCUUUUCCCAUCCCAUUACAGGCCGGAGCCCGUGCAACUCCACGUCCGCCGUGCGUUCGCGCAGAGCUUGAGGACGGUCUGGAUCGUGAUGAUCGGCCUCUCCGGAAUCACGUUCAUCCUCUCUUGUUUCAUCGAGGACGUUCCCUUGACGACUGAGACGGAUGAGAACUGGGGUGUGAGCGAGAAGAAGGUCGAGCCGACGCCAAGUGAGACGGGCUUGGAUACGGUGUGA